CUUUAUUCUUCUGUCUGUGAGUACAGAUUGAAAAAAACUGCAACAAAAAAGUUCUUCUCGAAAUAACAGAGGAAGAUCAGAAGCUGAUGAUGACUGCUGAGAAGUGGAUUGUUCUUUUAGCCACAUGCCUGGCGUGUGUGUCUUCAAACGACGGGCGAUCUGAAUAUGGAGAAUCUGAUGAACAAGAAUUGUGCAAAUCGCACAAAGUCGGAGCUCUGCUCGGCUCACCGACGCUCCUGCCGUGCAGAUUUUCACCAGGUAGCAACAAUACCGUGACGUGGACCCACGUUGAACAUAUGGACGUCGUCCGCCUCUCAUUGAAUGGGAACAUUCAUUUCACCGAUCACCGAUACGGUCGAGUAAAGGCCUUUCCAAACCAGGCCUCAGAAGGCAACUUCUCCAUCAGAAUCGAUGACCUGACUGAGUCGGACCUGGGCCUCUAUCAUUGUAGGCAAGACGACGUCUGUCACCAAGUGGAGCUCUUCAUUGACAGUUCGCAGAGCGAGCUCAUGAAGCUGCUGAUUUGGGUCGGUGCUGCUGUGGGGCUUCUGAUUCUGCUGUCUGCUGGAGCUUACUGCUGCUACAAGUGCUGCUUCGAGCGCUGUUGCAACACAGCGGGUGACAGACACAAACCUGUCAUUACCGUUUCAAGCACUGUCACAGUGGCAGACGAUCGUUUCGUUUAUGAAAACGAUGACCAGUGUCCGUCCAGCGCUGACCACAGCCGGAACCACGGUUUUACUCCCCCAACAGCUCCGCCGCUGCCUGCCGGGCAGCAGCCCGGUCACAGCAGCGCUGGGAUCUACCCCAAUCUGAAUCAGUUCAACUUCGAAAGGGAGGAAAGCCAGAAAAGACGACAGAGGUUUCAUAUAGACCUCUUCACCAGGCUGCGGGAGGCGAGUGUCAGGCGGCAUUAUUACGGUAAUAUCACCACCUUUUUCUAUCAUUUUGUUUCUGUCAGGAAUGUCAAUCAUCACUUUUAUUUCACAGUCAACCAAGUUGAACUCAACCAGCAACAAGUGGCGGCGGCGGCGGUGCCGGCAGAGAGUCACCACAGAGGUAGUUUUGCUUCAACUGAUUUUUCAGAAAUAUUCAUCAUUCGUCAAAGAUCGAGAAAGUAUUUCAGAUACUCAGAGUGUUGUGUGUCCUACAGCGGGUCACGGGAAGAAGAAAAACAAAAAAAAGUGUGAAUACACGAACCCCAUUUACAACCGGAGCACGGACCGCCUCGACCGAAUAUAGAGAGAGGAUUGAACCAUCUGCGACAAUGAGAUUGUUUCUUCUUUUUUCACCCAUGUAGUGAUUAAACUUCAUAAGUGAUCAGUGUCCUAUUUUUAUUUUUUUAUUUUAUUUUAUUUUAUUUUAUUUUAUUUUGAUCAUUUACUGGAUCAACAAGUUUUUAUAAAAAUAUUUCCCUUCUGUUUAAAGUUGUGCUGAUGCUGAUUGAAGUGAUGGACAUAUUCAUUAAAAAAAAAAAAUACC